AUGAAUACAUUAAAAUUAUUUAUUAAUAUAUCCGUUUUAUUAUUUUUUUUUAUAUCCAAAUAUAAUCCUCAUAAUGAUCAAAAUAACAAAUCUAUUAAUAGUAAUGACAAAUUAAAUUCAUCAUCAAAUUAUAUAUAUGGUAGAAUAUUAAAACAAUUGGAAAAUGAUACACUAGAAAAGGAAGCGGUUACUACAUUAGAGCUAAUGUUAGAUGAAAUUGAAGAAGAAACCUUUAAAGAACAAACAAAUGAAGAGGAAUGCAAAGGUUUUUUUGCAAAAUUAAAAAAAAAAAAGAAAAAAAAAACAAAACCUUUAAAACCCCAUAAUUAUUAUGCACGAAAUAAUAAAAAGAAAGAAGAAAGAAGACAAUAUUUAAAAAAUAAUAAAGAUAAAUUAAAUUGUCUACAACGAGCAGAGGAAAAACUAUUCACUCAUGCUGAUCUUUUAAGAAGCUCAAUUUUCUCAAGAACAUCAAGAAAACCUGAUGGAAUAUUUUAUACAUAA